GAUGUUGUACUAAAGGCACUGGAAUUUGUUGUCAGCGUGAGAUAACCUAAUUUUGAAUUUGGACAAUGGUUCAAGGUGUUUCAGAGAUAGCCGCAAUGUGCGUCGGCUUGAUCGGGCUGAUUGGGGCGGCGGCUACUACAGGGAUGCCAAUGUGGAAGGUGACAGCUUUCAUUGGAGAGAACAUAAUUGUGAUGGAAACUCGCUGGGAGGGAUUGUGGAUGAACUGCUACAGACAGGCCAACAUCAGGAUGCAGUGUAAGGUGUACGACUCCCUGCUGUUCCUGCCCCCGGAGUUACAGGCAGCCAGGGGUCUGAUGUGCUGUUCUCUGGCCUUAUCGGGACUGGGGCUCCUUGUGGGUCUGGCAGGAAUGCAGUGCAUUUCCUGUUUUCAGGGUAAUGAUAGAGCCAAGACCAUUAUCCUGAUGGUUGCAGGUUGUAUGCAGUUCUUGGCCUGUAUCUGUGUCUUUAUCCCUGUAUCAUGGACUGGUCAUGUCAUCAUUAGGGAUUUUUACAACCCUUUGCUAAUUGAUGCCCAGAGGAGAGAGCUGGGAGAGGCUCUCUACAUCGGUUGGGUCACUGGUGCCUUCCUAUUUGCCUCAGCCAUGCUGUUCGUCUGCCGCCGUAUGCCCUCGGACAAAGGCUCAUUCGAUGUGUACCACCCGACCAACUUGCUCAGUUACAAGCAAACACCUGGUAGGCUAACUCCAGUGAGAUAUAAUCCUGUCUCGACUCUUUCCAGCCUCCGAUCCACUGCAUAUCAACCUUCUCUGCAAAACAACGCCUCUGUUGGACAACAACUUGUGACACCACUGCAAAAUGUCCCUCAAGUAAUGACAAACGAUGGAAGACUAAUCAAUCAUGUUGUCUACCCGGAAAAUGGAUCAUUAUAUCACAGCAACAUGGAUCACCGUUCCUCUAUGCGGAGUUCUAAUUACGUUGGAAGCCUGUAUACGCCUGGCAACUCCUUGUACAUAAGCCAAAACGCCACACCAUAUUCACUGAGUUACACCGGCAAUCCCACCACAGCAUCCUUCCAGUCCAGUUUUCAUCCGGUUCCACACACUCCUGUUUUCAUUGGAUACACAGCAUCGAAAAUUCAUCCAGACUCUCACAGUGGAAGCAAUCCUGGUGUUUAUAUAUAAAGAAAAGUCACCAGUGGGUUUUGCCGCUGGUCAAACCUUCCAGACUCUACUCUACGCGCUAUUCUUUUAUCAUCACAAGUUCAUUUAAACUGCUCCAAAUUAGUGGCACGAUGAAGGUAAACUAUAUUAUCUCUACUUGUAUUACAAUUAUCCUGAUGCUGAUAUUAAUACACUUUUUAUAAUUUGUAUUUAGCAAACAAGGUUGAUCAGGUUGAACAUAACUGCUGUUGUUGUUAGUGUAAAUAAAGAUGACAUACUGUUUUUAUGCAGCCCUGGCAUGGGCUAACCUUUUUAAAACACAGAUUUAUGCGGAAAAAAUCGGCUUGGAACAACAUAGCACUGUUUUUCAUCUUUGUAACCAUCUGUUCAUUAUGUUUUUAAAAUCUGUUGUUGUUAUCAUUGUACGCAAUUCAGCACAUUAGAAUUUUAAUGUACUUAACUAUUAAGAUGUCUUUGUAACCACUCAAAUAGAGCUGUGCAGUGCAGCACAUAAUCAAAUAACUUACUUAUAGAUGUGUUACAGUUUGUAUUAUUGUGUUACAGUUUGUAUUAAAGAUUUUGUAGGAUGCAGCUGUUCGCUCAACAACUUUGGGUUUGUGUGUAAUUCUUAUGUUGCCCUGAUGGAUAGCAGUUUUACAAAUAU